AUGUUUAAGCUAUCGCGACGACGCGACCACUCGCUUCAGCCUCUGACAAAGGAAACGGCCGAUCCCAAUGCCGCUACCGCCGCCGCAUCCGCCUUCAUGCGAGGCAAUCCAACCACGUCAUCGUCUCUAUCUUCAGCUGCAGCCGCUGCCGCCUUACGGGCGCAGCCAAAUCCACCGACAAAUGUUGCGCAAAUCUCUUCGAAAAGAAGCCAGCGCCGCACCGCCUCGCUGUCGUCUCCCAUCGGCCGCGACCGAGGCAAGAGUAAGCUGCACAGAAGCCCUAGCGUGAGUUCCAUGAGCGAACGAACGUUUCGACGAUCACCAUCGCCUGGUCACACGCCUCUCGGAAAACAAGAUGUACCCCCUGUGCCCACUAUCCCAACCUCCAAGGCCGUCGCGAUGCCAUUACGGACUCAAAAUUUCCAAACCGCAAGCCAAAAGUCGCGAGGCAACCAGCAAGGCUCCUGGUUUGGGGCAGCCACUGUUCAUGAUGCAUACCAGGAGAAGGGGACAGAAGUUUUGCCAGAAUUGACACCCGAUUUACCUGAAUCCCGUUCGGGGAGUGUCAGCUCAUCUAUAAACUUCUCAUAUCCUCGUGCAAGGAUAACAUACGACUCACACAUGACAUCCGACGACCUUGUGUAUGACCCGAAUUCAAGAAGAAUGGUCCCGAGGGACGCACUUGUGCAAGCUAGUCAUCCAAUUGAGGGCACAAAACCGACUGAGAAAGUAAAAGGAACAAAACCAGCCCAUCAGGAUCAUAUACCACAAGAGCGAAACGAUGAAAUGAAGCCAGUAAUACCCAGCGACGUUCAGCCGGAACCCUUUGCAAUGGCAACCAGCCAAUCACACGCGGCUGGCAGAUCUUUAGGGAGGGAGAGUCCGGAUGUUAACACAUUGAUGCCGACGAUGGCAACAGAAACGCUAUCACAGGAGAGGGAGCUUGAAGCGAAAGGAUCUCGGGAUUGGCAGAACCAGAAUACUUCUCAAAACGAAGCCUCCGAAUCUGAUAUUGAGCCAAGUUUGACAUCUGGAUUCGCGAACUGGGACAGUACGAAAACCGAGAUACCAGUUUCUUAUGCCGGAUCCGGUUCAGAGACAUCUGUUCGAUCAGCUCAUUUUGCAUCAUCAACUGAUCAGUUGGUCGUUAAGCACGAACCUCCUCCACGAUCUCUGUCUCCUAGAAAGUCAGCCCUUAAAUCUGCCAUUUCGAGUCGUGGAACUCAGCCGUCGCACCCUAAUGAGAAUACGGACUAUCCAUUCAUCGGUACUUCUCACUCUAGCAAGGAUGAUUCCACAGCAAGCCAGAAGAAAAGUGCUAGAGUAAGCUGGAACGACAAUAGCGCAGUUGUAGUUGCUGAGCCUGGCAAUUUUGAAGGAGCAGACUUUUCAGCAGUGCACGGCCUUCAAUUAAGACAUAAUACACAGGGUACCGCCGACAACGCGAAAGCAAACAGGACGUCUUCCCCGCAACAAGACGAAUUAAUGUCUCCUCGACCAGCACUCCCAUUAUUUGGGAGUGUGCGUGAUAAAAAGGGGAAAGAGCCCGAAGAACGGCAGCUUGUUCGUCCGCGUGAACAUUCGCUUUCCCCCCAACCGCUACCACCGGCCAGUUCUCAAACAUUGUCUUCCAUUGCCAAAGAUGAAAUUCCCUCGCCAAUAGAGUCAGCCAAGGCGUUCCAUUAUGGUCGCGGACAGACUCCAAGAAAUGUAGCGAAUAUUUCUAAAUAUCGGGAGCCAUUACCAGCAAUCAUCGCGUCUACCGAAAGUCUUGGACAUGUGAGCGAAGACAUGUAUAGUUCCGGAGAUGAGCUGUUCGAAGAUGUCUCAACCGGCACAGAGCAGUCAAUGGUUCAAAAAUCGUCAAAAGAUGUAUCGGCAAACUCAAGCCCGCUCACUGACGUGUUGCCUGACGAAAAAUCAAAAGCAUCAGACGCGAAGGCAUUGAAUAAGUCGCCAGGCAUUUCUAGUUCAAAUGCGGAUCCUCCGGCGAUACAUCAUGAUAUUUCACCUACGACUGAGCCAAACUCUCUUCCGGGAAGCUUCCCAGAGGAUGAAGAUGUCACCAGGCUCCAUAUGGACGAAACAAACGCAUCUAUCACGCCUAUAUUAGCACAGGUCUCAGGAUAUAAGACUAGCAACCAAGAAGAACACGAUUCAGACAUGGAUAGUAUUUACAUCGAUGCGUACGAAGAUCUAUCCGAUGUUGACGACGGUGGAUUCAUGUCUCUUGAUGCUGCGCUGGUCAGUUCACCCAUGGCAGGUGUAAACGGCAACAAAUCGCGUAUCAAUGCAAGCACUGGAGGGAAGCCGUUGGAGAACACUACAAGUGCCCCCAUUCAAUCAUCUGAGGAUUGGGAGAAGGCUAAAGCAUACUGGAAAAGCCUUAGCUCUGAGGAGAGACGCCAGCUCGAAAUGGAGGCCCUUCGGGAAGCCGACGAUGAGGCUAUACGGGAGCCUGUAUCCACAAAACGAACUACAACCUUGACCGAUGUCUCGGGUCACUCCUCUAAUUUAGAACAGAGGAGUCAACGGCAACGAUCCCAGAAGGAACGUCUUUUGCGAACCGCAAUGGUAUCGCCUGACGAAGCAAGACAGCAGUCGAUCAAUUCCAAGCCGGCCGAUAGAUCUCGAACUCUGUCCAAGACUAAUACCAACACCAAGAUGGAAAUGAAAAUAGGAAAAGAGCCUGUGCGACAUACUGAUUUUGCCAUGACAGAUGCUCAGGGAGGGCAAGGCUCGCUGCAGCAACCAACUACCACGGCACGCACCGGCUUGGCGAUGGGACGCAGGUUACAAAAAUUAGCGCGGCCAAAACGCUCAGCGAGUAAUGAACAGAAGUACAUAGGUGACGAGCUCCGUGGCCCUACCACCAUACCCAGAUCAUCUUACGACCCGAUCGUCUCAACAGAGUAUAGUCUAAGACGUCCAAAGGAAUAUGCGGCACACAGCUCGACUGCAGAACCUCCGGUAAAUACUGCCAUGAAGCCUACUUUACGGCGACGAGGAUCCGACUCCAGUGAGAGCAGUUUCUUAGUAGAGAAUCCAAAGCGUCAGCCGUUCCAGCGACACUCAAUUGCGCCACAUAUCAGCCAAUCUCUAUCAAAGAGAGACGAGGAUUCGACAUACGGCGAUCACAUUUCAGAUUCCAGUGAUGAUGACAUGAACACAACUCCGUUGACAAACGGCUCCAUCACGGGUGAUGAAUUCGAACCCGUUCACUCGAGGUUGAAACAAUCUAUUCUGAACAUGUAUGCACGCAACAACCUCCCUGACCAAAAUUUCAGUGCCAGCGCAGGUUUCAAUUCCGGUUUGCCAAAACGCGAUGCGCCCAAACCCAGAGUCGACCAACACCACAAUGAGGAGAGCCCACAUAUACCUCUUGAUCAGCUCUCCGGCGCGUCGCCUCGCCGACCAGGGCUCAUCUCCACACUCAGGCGCAAGAGCCACGCAAACGUCAAAGAGUCCAGCGACGUUGACGCUGCCCGUAAUACUCUACCGCAUCAUCACAGUGAAGACGCAACGUCUACACGGAACAGCGUCAUACCCAACCAUGCAACAGGCUGGCCAUUGCAAAACAGGAAGGGCGAGACGAAUGAAGCUUCAGUGACGUCACCGCUUGGAGACACAGGAAGACGAUCCGCAGCUAGCGGCUCUAUUGUCAAAGACGAACUGACGUCAGAACCCCGCCAUCAAGAUGAGCUUCAGCUUUACGAAGGCAAUCAACCCAAAGCUCUCAUCGAAGCUACCCCGCCUCCCACGCCCAAGCAAUUCUGCGCCAUGGCAGCUCCGAAAGACAAGCAAGAUAUCCCCCAGGAUGGCACAGGCGUCAUCCAGCUAGACCCAUGGCUAGCCCCAUUCGGCGAUGCGCUGAAGAGGCGAUACUCCAAAGCUCAGGACUGGAUCAAAGUUAUCAACGAAACCGAAGGUGGCUUUGACAAAUUCUCCAAGGGCACUGACAUCUUCGGCUUCAAUGUGGAUGAGAAGAACAACGUUAUAUAUCGCGAGUGGGCGCCAAACGCCGAACAGGCAUAUCUCGUAGGAGAUUUCAACGGUUGGAAUUUCACGUCCCACCCAAUGCAGAAGAAUGCAUAUGGCGUGUUCGAGAUCACAGUCCCAGCCAAGGGGGGCCAGAAGGCGAUACCCCAUAAUUCUAAAGUCAAGAUUUCCCUUGUACUCCCUGGAGGGCACAGAAUCGAUCGUUUGCCAGCCUGGAUUAAAUACGUCACCCAAGAUCUCUCUGUUUCGCCGGUGUAUGACGCUCGAUUUUGGAGCCCAGCGCCGUCGGAAAAAUACGCAUUUCAGCACUCACGGCCUCAAAAGCCGCAGAGCAUCAGAAUAUAUGAAGCCCAUGUCGGAAUCUCAUCGCCAGAGCAGCGCGUCACCACGUAUGAAGAGUUUACUGAAAAUGUACUUCCCAGAAUCAAGGACCUUGGUUACAACGCCAUUCAGCUGAUGGCCAUCAUGGAACAUGCCUAUUAUGCUAGCUUUGGAUACCAAGUCAACAGCUUCUUCGCAGCCAGCAGCCGAUAUGGAACUCCCGAGGGGUUGAAGAAGCUUGUUGAUACCGCUCAUAAGAUGGGAAUUGUCGUCCUCCUGGAUGUUGUUCACAGCCAUGCGUCAAAGAACGUACUUGAUGGCCUAAACCAAUUCGAUGGAACGGACCACCAAUACUUUCACAGUGGCGGAAAAGGUAACCAUGACCUUUGGGACAGCAGACUCUUCAACUAUGGUCACCACGAAGUCAUGCGAUUUUUACUAAGCAAUCUCCGAUUCUGGAUGGAUGAGUAUCACUUCGACGGCUUCCGCUUUGACGGUGUCACCAGUAUGCUUUACCUCCACCAUGGAAUUGGAACUGGCUUCUCCGGUGGAUACCAUGAAUACUUCGGCCCCGAUGUUGAUGAGGAAGCUGUUGUGUAUUUGAUGGUUGCUAACGAGAUGCUGCAUUCGCUCUAUCCCGAGUGUGUCACUGUUGCUGAAGACGUGUCAGGAAUGCCAGCUCUUUGCCUCCCGCUUUCACUUGGUGGUAUAGGAUUCGAUUAUCGACUUGCUAUGGCCAUUCCUGAUAUGUGGAUCAAGAUUCUAAAGGAGCUCAAAGACGAGCAAUGGGAUCUUGCCAACAUCUGUUUUACUCUGACCAACAGACGCCAUGGUGAAAAAACCAUUGCCUAUUGCGAAAGCCAUGAUCAAGCACUUGUUGGAGAUAAAACACUGAUGAUGCACUUGUGCGAUGCAGAAAUGUACACUCACAUGUCGACCUUGUCACCAUUGACACCUGUGAUUGAUCGUGGAAUUGCACUGCACAAGAUGAUUCGACUUCUUACUCAUGGUCUGGGUGGAGAGGGUUAUCUCAACUUUGAAGGCAACGAAUUUGGCCAUCCUGAAUGGCUAGAUUUCCCUCGAGCAGGAAACAACAAUUCCUUUUGGUAUGCCCGUCGACAGUUCAACCUCACAGAAGAUAACCUGCUCCGAUACAAAUUCCUGAACACCUUCGACAAGUUGAUGAAUGAGUGCGAAGCACAACAUGGCUGGUUACACGCUCCCCAGGCUUAUAUCUCCUUGAAGCACGAAGGAGACAAGAUAAUUGUAUUCGAGAGGGCAGGACUCGUGUUCAUCUUCAACUUCCACACAGACCGAAGCUUCAGCGACUACCGUAUCGGAGUCGACGCGCCUGGAACCUACAAAAUAGUGUUGAACAGCGACGCAGAAAGAGUUGGUGGCCAUAACCGGAUUGAUGAAGAAACACGUUUCUUCACGACCGCUAUGGAGUGGAAUGGAAGGAAAAAUUGGACACAUGUUUAUAUUCCUUGCCGAACUGCUUUGAUCUUGGCGCGGGAGAGUUCAGCAACUCACAAGCUGCGCCCAGCAAUUGACUUGCUUCAACCUCCCGGUUAUGCCAGCUAUCAAUGGCCGCCGAUACUUGAAUAUCUUGUCCUCCCUUCACGAAUUUCCGACAGCCAUGCUGAGCCGUUCUCACCACAGCCUGCGCGCUCUGUCGCGGACCGGGCGCGUCCUGGAAAUGCGGAUCGACAGCCCUUUGUCGCAACAAACCGUUCGGCGGAAAUCAGGCUACACACAUUUUCCAUUUCGCCCUCGAUUUCUUCCAAAUCCGUCUUGUUGCGGUCUCUUGCGGCGCCCAUUAACCCUGCCGAUAUAAACACCAUUCAAGGGACUUAUGGCUCUCAGCCUAGCUUUACAUCUUUAAUAGGGACGUCCAGCCCGUCCGUCAUCCCAGGAAACGAGGGUGUCUUCGAAGUUGUUUCAACGGGCGAUCCGGCGUCACCCAUUCGUAAGGGGGAUUGGGUCAUCCCGGCCGUUGCGCAAUUCGGCACAUGGAGGACACAUGCCGUUGCAGAGCUAGAUCAGGUCUUGAAGAUCGACAAGGAGGGACUGCGUGCGACUCAGGCGGCAACCAUAUCUGUCAAUCCCAGCACAGCAUAUCGCAUUCUGAGGGCAUAUGGCCCCAGCACUGGACUGGGCGGCAUUGGGAUGCGACCGCUGGAGGUGGGCAGUGGCGAAUGGUUCAUCCAGAACGGGGCAAACUCGGGAGUUGGAAGAGCCGCCAUACAGCUCGGCAAGCUCUGGGGGCUGAGGAGCAUCAACAUCGUGCGGGAACGAAGCUCUCCUGAAGAAACCGAGGCGUUGAAAGCGGAACUUGUUGGCCUUGGUGCCGAUGUAGUUGUAACGGAAACGCAGUUUCUGUGGCGGGAGUGGAGAGACCAGCUGGCGGAAAUCACAAACAAAGGCCGCGACCAGAUUGGGCUGGGCCUGAAUUGCGUCGGCGGCAAAUCUGCCACGGCCCUCGCUCGCUCGCUCAGCGAAGGUGCCACGAUGGUGUCGUACGGUGGCAUGGCCAAGCAGCCAGUUGCCCUUCCCGUUGGCUUGCUCAUAUUCAAAGACAUCCGCUUUGUCGGCUUCUGGCUAUCCCGCUGGAAUCAGCAGGACGUCGCUGGGCGCAAGCAUAUGAUCGAUUACAUUGUGGAUCUGAUCCGCCAAGGCAAAUUUCAAGAUGUUCCCCUGGACGAAGUGGCGUGGAACUGGGACACUGACAUCUCCACCCUGACACAAGAAGUGCAGGGCGGCCUCCAAGGGUUUAGAAGAGGCAAGGGCAUAUUCGUGUUUGGUGAUACUUGA